UAGUGGUCAGGAUGAUUUUAUCGUUUUUUAUUUUGUGCAGCGACCAAUAAAAUUUAUCUCUACGACUGUAUAAUGGAAGCGAAGCGUCACAGAGAAGUGGAGCCUGACACACAACCCUAAUCGCAUAUCCCUUUUUCCGACGCCAUUUCAGGACGCUCUCCGGCGCCGAUUUCACUACCUCAUCAUUUUCGGUGACGGUAUUAUCUUCUCAGACAAAUUCCCGUACAUUCGUUGCAUUUCCAUCUGUCUCCGACACAGAGCUUAGCUUUCCGACGAAAUUUCGGCUUCCUUUCAGUUUCAUAUCCAUUUCCGGCGUCGUCCUCACUCUCUACGGCUCUUUUCGGCGUUCCAUCACCAUUUUCUGGCAGCUUCAGCCUCCCCUCCACCAUUCCCGGCGUCGACCUCACCUCCUCCGUCAGUUCCAGCAUCCCAGACAAUUUUCCGUCAUUUACGGUGGCUCCAGCACGAUUUUAGCCAAUUUCCGGCAGCUUUCAUACCAUCUCUCGCGUCCGGUAGCAACAGCGUCUGCUGCUUCUGGACGCUCUACCAAGUUGUCCAUUCAACUUCCGGCAGCACAUUUUCGCGCCGAUUCAGCUCCCGCGUGCACUGACCUUCCAUCGACUAGACAGAGAUCCAUGGUCACGGUUCUUCAGGAUAUAUCUCGACUAGUUGGGGAAUCAAAGAGUGGGAAGAAGAAUUAGGCUAUAGGUUUUGCGUUGAGUUGAAACCAAAAAGGCAACACUUUCAAUUUAGAUUAAUUUUGUAGUCGUAACGACCGAUUUAACAAGCAUCGCUCACUCUUCUCACUCACCCGUGCAAAGGCAACUACAAUGAUUACCUCGUCAGCUAGCAAUUAUCACGACAAUAGUGCAAACACAUACACCACCAUCAAAGAGAGAGUAACCUUUAAGAAAGAAAUCAAGAAGAGCAAAUUCAUUGCCAUUGCUGGACCUAUUUCCAACGAACAAUCGGCCUGUUCUUUCCUCUCUGAGGUUGGGGACCCUCGUGCUACUCAUAACUGCUGGGCUUAUAAGGUUGGAGAUCAAUAUAGGUCUAAUGAUGAUGGUGAACCUUUGGGUACUGCUGGCAAACCUAUUCAAUCUGCUAUUGUUUCCUCUGGUUUAGAUAGAGUUAUGGUUGUUGUCACAAGGUAUUUUGGAGGCAUAGAACUGGGUACUGGAGGACUUGUUAGGGCUUAUGGUGGAGUGGCAUCUGAAUGUCUAAGAAAUGCACCUACAAUUUUUGUCAAAUCUAAGGUUCCAAUUGGCGUAGAGGUCCCAUUUGAACUUUAUGGAGUUUUGUAUCAUCAGCUACAAUUAUUUCAAGUUGAGGACAUCAAGGAGGAUUAUGAUACCGGUAAAGAUGGAAUCACCAUGUUUACAUUUAAAGUUGAUUUUGAUAAGGUUGAGGAUUUAGAGGAUGCUAUCAAAGCAAAUUGUAGCCGAGAUAUUGUUUUCUAUAAACAUUGAGACUGACCUAAGCAGUCAUACUUGAGUAAAGAGAUUGUCAACACUUCUGCUACCUUUGUGAAGGGAACUGAUCCAAGGGGGUAUUUACAUAUCUUUCCCUGCUUUAGAGAAAAUCUUAAUUACAUUUGGAGUUGAAUUUGCUAAUAAUUUGUUUUUGGGGCAAUUCCCUGUAAAAUAAUAAGAUAUGUGGUCAAAAAUUAACUUUUCAGGAAUUGAUUAGUAUCGACCAGCUAUUUAAAUGUAUUAAUUCAGGAGUUUAGAUUAGGGUGAGGAUAUUAAAUUCCAGAUCUCCAUUAGGCAGUGCUAAUGCUGGAGAAUAUGAGCUGUUUAUGCUUAACUUUCUUGAGAAUCAAAGUCUGAUGAGUUUUGGUUGGA